AUGGCCGAAGAAUACGCCAAAGGUGACGCCCUGAGGGUUAUCAAAGCGGCAGGAGAGCCGUCGCGGCCCAUGCGUCUGCCAUUACCGAAUGGGCUCCUCUCCAAAGGAAGCAACCAUCUGUAUGUCACGGUCACCGAUGGGUCAAACCAUACUUACAAGAUUGCAUGCAGCCCCAAUGGGUGGAAAGAGAUCACUCUCGGCAGGGGAUGGCAAAGGUUCUAUCAUGAAUACAAGCUACAACCAUCUAACAUUCUGCUGUUCAAGCACAAGGGCAGAGACGACUUCAGGGUUCGAAUCUUUCAGUCACCGGGUGUCGAAAGGACGUAUGAUACGUUCGGUGAUGACUCCGUCGACGUCAUACUCCCUGAAGUGCCAAAGAACCGUGCACCCGCUACUCACGCGCCCUGGCGUCGAAUGGGGUGUAUCAAUGUCCCCAGGAGCUCAGCUGCAGCUGAGGUGGAGCAUACAUUUCAGUCCGAGCACCCCUUCUUCAUCUUGCACAUCACAAAAAGGCUCUUGGGCAUCCACUUCCUACCAAAUGUGCCGCACUUUGGAGACGACGUCAACGAUGAUGUCAUGGUCACUCUUAGAUCGGGGGAGAUCUCCGUCUGGGCCGUCUACGGAAGAUACGUGGGCAAAAGAAGGCGCAAUUGUGGUAGCAUUAGCCAAGGGUGGUUUGAAUUCUUGAGCAAGUGCAACAUAACUGUGCCAAAGCUUGCCGUGUUUGAGAUCUCCAGGACCUAG